CAUAUUCACACGAUCGUUUUGAGUUUCAGAAAAUGAGUGGUUGUGAAUCCAAUGGGAUAUCGCGCCGUGGUCCGAGCCGCGCACGAACGUCGGCCACUUCACGGUACGUCGACCGGCGGGACAGCUCGCGGACACGAAGCCGCAGUCCUGCUAGAGACCGGCGUGACGGCGGUCGGAGCAGGAGCCCUGACCGCGCACGUCAUUCACACCACCAUGGGAGAAAAGUCUCACAGAAAGAAGAAAGACUUAAGGUACUUGAAAGCGAGAUCUGUAGAUUGCGUAAGCGAUUAAGUGAUAAUGAAUCUGACCAAAUGUCUACAAUACAUCAACAUAGAAAUAGUAGCAAAACCCCAUGUCGUACUAAUAAACGUGGACGCUCACUUUUUACUCCAGAUAUUGAGGCUCCACCGAUAAAGGAUAGGAAUGACAAUUUAAUGGAACAAUUCUUGAACAUGCUUGGAGCAGGGGCAGGGAGUCGUGAAUCAUUUUCUAGUACGGUACUUGCAAAUGUCAUUCCUGAAUUCGAUCCACUUGUUAGAGAACAGACUGUAAACGUUUGGAUAGACAAAGUAGAUGAAUGUGCGGAGAUUUACAAUUGGAGUGAUAAACAAACAAUUCACUAUGCCCUGCCCAAACUUAGCGGCAUCGCUAAAACUUGGUAUCAGGGACUACCCUCUAUUAAGCAUACAUGGUCUGAGUGGAAAGCUAUGCUAAAGGAAUCGUUUCCAUCGACGGAAAACUACGCGGAACUACUGACCGAGAUGCUUAAUAGACGAGUACGCCCUGGUGAAUCUCUAGAAUUAUAUUAUUUCGCUAAGGUUAAUUUACUCAAUAGGUGCAAAAUAUUUGGAAAGCAAGCAGUAGAUUGUGUCCUUUAUGGAGUUGAUGAUAGAGGAGUUCGCUUAGGUGCACAAGCAGCAAAGUUUGAUAAACCGGAAGACGUUUUGGAGUUUUUCAAAACCAUUAAGUCGCAAAAUCGCAGUCAAUAUAAUUACAAUGUUACGCAAUACAAUAAUAACAGAGAUAGACGGCAACAUAGUUUAGCAGCUCCUAAUAAUAGUUAUACGAAGACAACGGACAAUACUACCAAAAGUAAUACUAAUAGUAUGUACAAGAGCCAAGUAAAAUGUUUUAAUUGCGAAGGUAUCGGACAUCCUAGUUUCAAAUGUCCUAAACCUCUGAUAAAAUGUACAGUCUGCAACUAUUUAGGUCACGAAGCUUCAAAUUGCAUUAAAACUAAGGGUGCCGUUGCGCCUAAAGACAAAAAUGUUUUGGAGGUUAGAGAAUCAGAAAAUACCAAUACAAAGUAUAAGCUUCCUAUCUCAAUUAAUGGUACUACUACUGUGUGUCAAGUGGACUUAGGAAGUGAGGUUACUCUUAUUCGUGAAAGCGAUGCUAUAGAAUUAGGGUUAAAAUGGGAACCAAUAAAUGGACCACGAUUAAGAGGGCUAGGGAACAUACCAUAUUUGCCUUUAGGUCGCACGACAACUAACAUUAAAAUACAGGGAGUAAGCGAAGAUGAUGUUGAAGUUUAUAUAGUUGAUGAUAAAUUAAUAAAUUGUAACAUUCUACUAGGACAUACGUUUACGGAAAGACCUACACUUAAAAUUACGAAAACCCCAAAUGAUUUAAAAUUUGAGCGUAUAGAACAUGAACAUGACUUAAAACUACAGUUACGUUUAGCUAAUGACAUUGAAAUAAAGGCAGGAGAGAUGAAAGCUGUGAAUGUUAUUUCGGAUGUCUCUUGUAAUGGAUAUAUUUAUGUAAACGGAUCAAUUCGUGGAAAGCUAGGACAAGAAUAUUAUCUUUUACCUGGGGAGUAUCAAAUAAAAGAAACAAAUUGUCAGGUUUUAAUUCAGAGCGUAAGCAUGAAUCCUAUAAAGCUAAAAGGUAAUACUCUUGUAACGCGUGCUAAAUUUAUGGGAUUAUAUAAAGAAGUUAUGAGAAUAAUUAAUGAAAUUAAUGACUCACCUGUUGAUCCUAACCAUGGAAUGAUAGAUUCCUUAUAGAGGACACACCACUUACCAGGAAGGGGCCUAAAUACGAAGCAAUAGUAGCAAUAGACAAAGUUUAUCCUUGGCUCAGUUUCGGUAAUGCUG